AUGAAUGAAGGGAAACUAGAAUACCAUCUUCCUCCAAAGUACAACCGCGAUCGACUAGAGUACAUCUUCACCACUGCUCACCAUGCAACGACCAUGGCCUCGCAGCAGGCAUACAUCGGGAAUGCAACAAUCCCUGCAGUCACAGUCACAGUCACAGACUUCCAAGCACAUAAACUCCAAGGAACCCCCCAGCGCAACCGCAUCCAAAGUUCGCCGCACACGAGCGAGCAGCGCGUCGCGAAACAAGUUUUCGCCAUGUCCCCAUUACGAAAGAAGACGCUCAAUGAAACCGGAGAUCUACCGCUAACUGGUGCCGCGUGCCAGGUUUCCAUUACAUGUACGAACUGGCAGCGGGCCUGGUUCUUCGAGCUUGAUUUCUCGGCGGCAAGGGCGGAUAUCGCGCAGGCAGGCCCAACGCCGCUCGGGUCCCACGUUGCCCGCAAUCUGGUUACUGUGACUGGACGAGAUGGUGUGGGGAGUUGGUGGGUGCAGAUUCUUACGUGGGAGGGUGCAUGGGUGAGAAUUAAGGAGAUUGUACGUGAUGAGUUUGAGGGUAUCAAAUUGUUGUGA